AUGGAAAAAAGUAAGGAAAUUCUUUUUCUGGAAGACAGUGAGAGAGAAAUGCACGGAACGCAUGGCCUGAUGCCCAUCGACAGUCCAGGUAUUCUCUCACCCUUUACGGAAGCCGGAGGGGAUGACAUUAUUGCGAAGGACAAUCUUGUCAUUUCAUAUAGAAUAAGCCCUGCUGAUAGCUGGAAGGGAUUUGGGCAGCCUUCUAGGCCAGUGGCACCACCCGACAGAGGAGGUAGGAUGGAGCAGAUUGUGGGUGACAUUUUCGGUAAGGCAUCCUCUUCCAACCCUUCAGCUGCUGCUAAAUAG